GAUAAUGUGUUUUAAAUAUUCAUCAGUUAAAAGAUAGUCCCUUGAGUUUCGAAAUCCAUAAAACAAAUUGGCUUUUGUAGUUUCGAAUCUGUAAUUAUCUGCUAAAAUUGAUCUUGUAAGAAUUGUGUAAAAUAGUAAAUGGUUCAGCAAAUGUUUCAGUUUAAACUAAAUCAGGGCAGUAGGCAAGAUGGGAACGGUUCACACGUAAACGAUGAAUGUUGUACUGAUAGGAACAAGAUCUCAUCGUGAUUAAUGGCUCAAAUGGAGUUGGCUUUUGAAUGCGGCAAAUAGCCAGGAAUCACUUAGAGAAUCAACUGCUCGUCACUGAGAGAACUGCCCAUCGGGCGCAGUAAUGGGGGAGUAUGUGCGUGUGAAUGGGCCAGCUAAGAAGGAUGAAAUCUGUUUCAUUCUUCGUUUGAUCUUGUGAAUGCUUCCUUUGUCUUCUCUUGAGGAUGAAAACCUGUGCUGCGAUGUGUAUGUGUGUGUGUGCGUGUGUGUAAAUUGGAUGUUGAUUAGAUUGGGGGGGGGGCAGACCUGAUAGAAGUAUAUAUUAUUAUGUGACGCAUAGAUAGGGUAAAACGAUAGCACCUUUUUCCUGGGGUGGAGUUGUCAUAGACCAGUGGGCAUAGCUUUAAGGUGAAAGGCCCACAGUUUAAGGGAAGUGUAAGGCAAGAUGUUUUACACAGAGUUGUGGGUGCUUGGAACAUGCUGCUAGGGGUGGGUGGUGGUGAAAGAGGAUAUAAUAGUGGCAUUUUGGAAGCAUUUCGAUAGAUGUAAGGUAGACAAACCAGCUGGAGAAACUCAGCUGGUGAGGCAGCAUCUAUGGAGCGAAGGAAUAGGUGAUGUUUCAGGUCGAGACCCUUCUGCAGACGUCAACUGAUGUUUGAAGAAGGGUCUCUACCCCAAACGUCGCCUAUUCCUUCUCUCCAUAGAUGCUGCCUCAUUCGCUGAGUGUCUCCAGCUUCAAUUUUUCCAGUAUCUGCAGUUCUUUCUUAAACAUUCAGAUAGAUGUACAUAUGAAUAUGUAGGGUAGGGAAUUGAGGGAUAUAUAUCACGUGCAAGCAGAUAAAACUUGGUCUUGACAUCAUGUUUGGUUUACACAUUGCCUGUUCCUGAGCUGCAUUGUUCUAAGACUCCAUUGCUUAAAAACACUGUGUUGCCUGUAAAAGACUUUGGGAUAUUCACAAAAUCAUAGAGCUACGUGGCACGGAAGCAAGCCGUUUGCCCAACUAUGCGACCACGAUAUCUCAUAUAACCUAGUCCCAUUUACCCGCAUUUGGUCCAUAUCCCUCUAAACCUUUCCUAUCCAUGUAUCUGUCUGAUAUUCUGACGGUACUGCCAAAACAUGAUAGCAUCAGAAUUUUGUUUUUCAAUUCUUUGUUUGUGGAGUACAAGUCCUUGCUAUAAGAAUGGCAGUGAAUGAGGGGGGAAAAGAUUGGAGGCCGGUCCUGAAGUGAGCAUUCAGCGUGUGGCUCACUGCUGCAGAGUCUGCGCAACCUGGAGCUUCCAUCACAGAUCCUGUGGCUCGUGCAGUCGUCAAGACAGCAAGAGGAACGCCAGCAAAAACAACAGAGCAAUUUCUUAACUAAAUUUUGAAAUAUGAGUGAUACAAUACAAUACGGUUUAUUUGUCACAUUGCACAUAAGUGCAAGUGAAAUGAAUAUGUCAGCAGCGGUACAAUUAUAAAGAACACACACAAAAACACAAUAAAAAUUUAACAUAAACAUCCACCACAGCAUUCAUCACUGUGGUGGAAGGCACACAAUUUGGCCAGUCCUCCUCCAUUUUCCCCCGUGGUCGGGACCUCAACCCUCCGCAGCCGUUGCUGCGGGCGUCCAGAUGGUAAAAGGACAAGGUACAAGUCCAGAGUCGUCUCUCCCCACCGGAGACCGCGGCUUUAAGUUGGUGUAGGCCGCAGGCCGGCGGUCAAAGAUUUAAAGUUCCCGCCACGCCGCAGACAGAAGCACCGCAGGCUGCAGGGUCGGUGGUCGAAGCUCCCCUCCAGGGGUGAUGGUGUCCUUGGUUAACAAACGAAAUCUCUCCGGCAAUUCCAAUCUACAAUGGCCUUGUGUUUCUUUUUGUUUUGGCUAACUUCAGCAUGGCAACAUUUAUGGACCCUGGAAUAUUUCCACGAGCGCAUGAAGAUGAGGAUAAGGACGAUGACUUUCGAGCUCCACUCUACAAGAAUGUGGAAAUCAAAGGAAUCCAAGUACGGAUGAAAUGGUGUGCAACAUGCCAUUUUUAUAGGCCACCCCGAUGUUCUCAUUGCAGUGUGUGUGAUAACUGUGUUGAGGACUUUGAUCAUCACUGUCCAUGGGUGAACAACUGCAUAGGAAGGAGAAAUUACCGUUACUUCUUCCUCUUUCUCCUUUCCCUUAGCACUCACAUGGUUGGAGUGUUUAUUUUUGGGCUGAUUUAUGUUUUAAACCAUAUUGAAGAGCUUUCCACUCCAUGUACUGCCAUCACCAUGGCUGUCAUGUGCGUGGCAGGUCUUUUCUUCAUUCCCGUUGUGGGUCUUACAGGAUUCCACAUGGUUUUAGUUGCUAGGGGGAGAACAACAAACGAACAGGUAACGGGUAAAUUUCGAGGCGGUGUGAACCCAUUCACCCGUGGAUGUUGUGGUAAUGUGGAAUAUGUACUCUGCAUUCCUUUAGCUCCCAAGUACAUAGUUGACUACAAAAAGAAAGAUCUUGUCAUGGUGAAAUCUCCUUUUGUUAGACUUCAGUUGUCUGAAAAACAAAUUGCACUCAAGAUAAAUGAUAAUGGAAUUCAGGGGAAUCUGAAUAGGACCAAGUCGAAAGGAAGUUUGGAGGCUUUGGAUGUUCAAUCCACAGACGUCGAGCCACCACUGCCACCUAAACUAGGUCCAAGCAAAUAUGCAAACCUUAAAAACCAACUGAGUACUUCAACCAACGAAGAUAGUGGUUACUCAUCCAAGCCCAUCAACCCACCUACUCCUGCCAUGUUUAAGUAUCGGCCAGCACUGAGCAGUUCAGGUGCAAACCCCAAAGUUCUCUACCAUGCUGCUAGUGAGAAGAUUUCCAUGCAGGAGGCUCAUAAAGAGGCAGCCAUCGUGGAGGAAUGUAACAGAGCGCAUGAUUACAGGUCCGAGCCAAAUUUAGAUCUCCCCGACUACCGGUCACCAUCGCUCCACAAGACGUACCAGUCCUCGCCGUUUCAACUCGACUCGCUGUCUGUGAGCUCGCGGUCUCUCAGCCUGAAGUCUGCCCACAGGAGAGGCCUGGACAAGCCCCAGUUACACCCAAUGAAGUCCGACUGCUCGCCCCCCAACCAGUACAAGAAUAUCUUUGGCAUGAAUUCGUUGUCCAACAGAAAUGGGAGCCUGUCGUACGACAGUUUGUUGAAUCCGCCCUCGAGCCAGCCGGUGGUGGAGUGCCCGGCACACACUGCCGCCCCGGCCGUGGGCUACCACUCCCCUUAUCUCUCAGCCAAAAUGUGCCAGAUCCGAGGGGCGGAUCUGCAGCGCCAGGCGGUGCAUGGUUACAGCCCGGUACACCGAGGCCCGUCCCCACAGCACCGGGAGCCGUCACCCGUCCGGUACGACAACCUGUCCAAGCAGAUCAUGGCUUCCAUUCAGGAGCGGAAGGCGAUAGAAGAGCGUGGCAAGCUCCGGGUCGCCCCAGAGUCGGUGUUUCUGGACACGGGGGGCUACAACGCGCUGGGCUCCUACAACCUCCAGCAAACAAACACUUUGUCAGAGGACUCGCGGACGGCCACUGGCGCGUGUGGCUCUCGAGAUAAUCUCACGGCUGCCGCUGCCUGCAGCGCAAGGAGUCCUCUGCUGCGUGCAUCUGCCUCCUCUCUCUCCAGCACAAUGUCACGGGCGGCAAGGACUUCUACAAGUUCCCUCCACGCAGACAUGGCAAACAAUAACAUGCAGUCCAACCACACUUUGCAGAGCAGAUCUGCCGAGACCUCGUACAGGUCUCCAGGACAUCAAAUCCCACCUUCUUCAUUGAUUAGAUCCCCGACCUACGCAAGCCACAAGCCUCUGUCCUUCGUCACUGCAAUGGAAAUGUCAGAAGGAGUUCCUCAGCCUCUGAUCACUCCACGUGAUGAAGUUCAAAUGAAGACAGCUCACAACAAGGUAAAUGGACAGCCAAGACGAUUAUCCAGGAUGGACGGCCAGCUGAGCUCGUCUUCUCUCUCCCACGGUGCUACAGUCAGUCCCACCAGACAGUCCAACGUAAAAAAGGUGUCGGGUGUGGGCGGGACCACUUACGAGAUCUCAGUGUGAACAGCCAUCUGCCACGGCAGCUGCACGGUGGGGCCACACUGUGAAGACUCUCGGGCAGCAGCUCUGUGCUCUUGCCCAAACAGCUGCAGCCUUAUUUCUCCAGAGGUAGUUAAACGUCAUCCGAAAACACGGGGGCCGGCCCACAACAAACGUUCACUUUCUCCCACCCCCCAACCCCCGCUCUGCUGCACAGUAAGGUGACAUU